AUGUUCAAAAGUAUUUUCUGGAACAGCUUGAUUUUCAAACCAAUCCAUUUAAACACUGAAAACGAAGAAAUUAGAACCUUAACAAUUACUCAAACGAACGGGUUUAGUCAGGAAACAGUUGAUAAAAUAAUUAAUCAAAAUUACAACAAAAUAUUAAUCAAUUCUCACGAUGUUUCACUCAGAGAGUUUGAAGGGUUUAAUUACAUUUCAGAAUUUGAAAUAUCAGAGUCAUCUUCAAAUAAUAUCCCAAAAAAUCUCUUUUCAGGAAAUUCCAAGAUUAAAAAAGUUAUACUUCCACCUCAAAUUACACAAAUAGACCAAUUUGCCUUUGCUUAUUCAACUUUACAAGAAAUAAAUUUAGAAAAUGUAUUAAUCAUCAAAGAAAAUGCUUUUGACAGCUGUCUUCAGUUAACCACUAUAAACUUAGAUCUAAUGGAUGUUCCAAAUUAA